AUGGCAGACAAUAUUACACAUCACUUUAUCACAUCUUUCUUCCUUAUUGGCAUUCCUGGUUUGCAAGAUUUUCACUGCUGGAUUGGCAUUCCUGUCUGCCUCCUGUAUGCCCUCACCCUUCUUGGAAACAGUAUAAUCAUUGUUACCAUCAAACUAGAUCCAAGCCUCCACCAACCUAUGUAUUUCUUCCUUUGCAUGCUAGCGAUGAAUGACAUGGCCCUUGCAUCUUCUACAGCUCCCAAGAUGCUUGGUAUUUUCUGGUUUGAUGCUCACUGGUUUGAAUUUAAUAUUUGCCUUGCACAAAUGUAUUUCAUCCAUACAUUCUGCAUAUUUGAGUCAGCUCUACUAGUUUCCAUGGCCUUUGACCGCUAUGUAGCAAUUUGCAUCCCAUUACGUUAUGCAACUAUUCUCACAACACCAAUGGUAAUCAGGAUAGGGCUAGCUGGAAUGGUCCGAGCUAUCCUUAUGGUUCUUCCAUGUCCUCUUCUAAUUAAGAGACUACCAUAUUAUACUAAAUAUAUCAUCAAUCAUGCAUAUUGUGAACAUAUGGCUAUAGUGAAGUUAGCCAGUGCCAAUACUCUCAUUAAUAGAGCUUAUGGUAUCUCUGUGGCACUUUCAGUGAUGACACUGGACCUAGGACUUAUAGCCACAUCCUAUAUCAAAAUCUUGCAGGCAGUCUUUCGUCUCUCUUCCAAGAAUGCUCGCUCUAAAGCGCUGGGCACCUGUGCUGCUCAUAUCUGCACUAUACUUGUUUCUUACACACCUGCACUGUUUAGUUUCCUAACUCAUCGCAUUGGGAAGAAAGUACCCCCAAGUGUCCAUAUAAUUUUUGCAAGUGUGUACCUUUUGGUGCCCCCCGCAGUCAAUCCCCUGGUCUAUGGUGUCAAGACCAAGCAGAUUCGUGACCGUGUGCUUGGUCUCUUCUUCCCAAAUAGAAAGAUUUUGGAAAAUUAA